UUCACAUUCUUUGAGCGUCCUCCGGACAGAAGUUUGAGUGGUCCUACGUCCCUCUUCCUAUGGUCGAGCUACUUCUGUCCCUCCUUCGGACUUUUUUGAGUGGAAUUCCGUUUUUUAGCCUUUAUUCAUUGAUUCAGUCGAGACGUCCGAAGUAGCUUAAUUAGGCAAGGAGUCUGAAGUCCUCCGGACUAGUCUUUUAGUGACUUUCUUUAUUGAAAGGGAUUUGACCUCUUUAUUCAAUGAUCUUUGAGCCUAUUAAAAGGCGAACUUUCAGUCGCUUCGAUCAUUCUUCGAAUAUGAAUCGUCGGGCUCCUUCUAAUUGGAUAAGGAAGUCUUUAAUUAAGACUGAGAUCAGUCUUUGACUUGAUUCUGGAGUCGUCCGGAGGCGCGAAGCGAAACGACUGUUAAGGAGUGCAUUAUGAAAUAGCUCUCCAAAUAAGUAAGGAGAGGGGAGAAGCGAAACGACUGUAUUAUUUAAGGAGUGGUAUUAUUCAAUAGCUCUCCAAAUAGUAAGGAGAGGGGAGAAGCGAAACGACUGUAUUAUUUAAGGAGCCCUUUAUUUGAAGAAAUAGCUCUCCAAAUAAGGAAGGUUCGAAGAAACUCGACUGAUAAGGAGAGGAGAGGGUCAAAGAUGAAUAAAGAAAGCGAAACGACUGUAUUAUAAUAUUAAUAGGAGUGCAACGAAAGAAAUCCAUAUAAACAUAAUGCGCUCCUCUCCUAUAUCUGAAACUACGAGUACCUUCGCUCCUUCAAAUAGUUCAGGGAUCAGGACUUCGCUUUCAACUCCUAACGGAGCCUCUCCUUUUAAGAACAUAAGCUACGCCCUUCUUCAUUCAGGCUCCUUCUAAUAAGGAAGGAAUUCGCUUUCAAGUCCUAACCUUUGUAUCCUUUCAGAUGAAUAUGGAUUCAAUUAAGGGUCCGUCCUCUUGACUCAGAAAUCCAUAUUCAAAUUCAUGCCAGUCGCUUCGCUUCGCGCCUUAUUCAGUUUAUGACUUUCAUAGAAAACCUUCUACGUCCUAAUCUCUUAUUUAUGGGACUCCUUCUACGUUGUGCUUCUCUUCUUCUUUCUUUCUUCUCAAAUUCGUCGCAAAUUCUUUGCUCCUUCGAUCAUUCUUUGAGCCUGUGGAUCAAAUCAGUGACUUUCUUUAUUGAAAGGGAUUUGACCCUCUUCUUCAUUCUACUCAAAUUCGUCUAUCAAACAAGUCCAGAGGAGCGAAAGCGGCUCGACUCCCACGGGGAAUAAGGGUCCGGACUAGCUUAAUUAGGCAAGAGGAGGACUAGUCUCAUUAGAUAAGGAGUUCAUUGAGGACCGUUGUUUUUCCAUAUUCAUAUUCCACUUCGGACCAAGUCUUCUUUAUUUAUGUUUGAGUAGGUUUGGAAGUUCAGAGUCCUAACCUUUGUAUCCUGUCUCGCUAUUUUAGUGGAUAAAAGAGGCUCAAAGUAUUUGAGUCGUCUUGACCCUUAUUUAUCCUUGCCGGGUAGAAGUAGUUUAAUUAGAGUUGUUCUCCCUUGUUCAUUGACUCCUCUUCUCUCCUCUGAAAUCAGAUUCUUAUGAAAAGGGCUCCUUCACAGUCGCUUCGCUUCGCGCCUUGACUUUCUUUUUGAUUGAGGGCUCCGUUAGGAGCAAAGAAUUUUCCAUUGAUAAGGACAUAUCCUCUGAUUUCUUUACGAGGUCUGAAUAUCGACUUAGUUGUUUUUGUGUUCAUAUCUUAUCGGGUUAACGCACUUUAUCCUAUUCAGUGUGACGGCUUUAUGGGUCAGCUAAACUCAUUCCUUUUUAUUAUGUUGUGAGGCUUUGGUUACCGGCUCAGGCUUCCAAAGGCGACCCUCUCUCGUUUCCGGCGGUUUCCGUCAUUGAAGUAGCCUUUCUUUCGUCAUCCUACCAAAGUACGUUCGAAGAAGCGAGCCCUUAUUAGUUUAGUAAAGUCAAGCUCCAAAAAAGGAGAGAUUAACCUGCGGUGCGCUACGCCCGGCAACUCAUCAAGCAAUUUCUUUGCGCUUGAAUUUCAGUGAUGAGGUCGCAAAGAGAGGGAAGUAGGGCUCCUAUUGACUAAAGGUGGAUUCUUCGCUUUCCUUUAUCAAGUCGCUAUUCAGCCCCUACUACUGACUUUUGACUUUGUCUUUGAUUUUUGAUUCAUCUAAUUCAAACCCAACUAGUCGUAUGAGGUGAUCUUCUGUCUGCUUUGGAUAUGAGGAAUGAAAAGGCAAAGUCCGGUUCAUUGUAGUUUGUAUUCGGUCUGAGAUAUAGGAUCCAGGAAAGCGCCCUCUUUUUGUCAUCCCUGCAGCUUUCCAGAUUGAGUAUUGAAGGCAUGGCCUAGGACCUUCAAGUUUUCGCCUAUUGGGAAUACACCCCUCUUUUUUUUUCUAAGGCUAGAAAGAGAAUGCCCGCCAAGUUCAGAUAAGGAAAUGCUUCCCCCAACCAUUAAAGGAAAGGCUCGACGAGGAAGGAAAAGGCUUUCGGAGAUCGAGAUUGGAUUUCUUUUGAAUCAAAAAAAAAGAAGAAGGCCGAGGAUGGCCUAGGGUGCGUCUUAUCUGAAGGGAACACGCUUUUUCGACCGCGGUGGUAUGAUUGCCGGGCCCUCUCCUCGUUCCGCCCGCGCUCUGGCCUAUUAGGUAGGAUAGCAGUCUUCGGGCUUUGCCUGCCCUUGAUCAUAAAGAAUUCCGGCUUGGCCCGGGAAAGCGCUGGCAACAAGAGAAAGGAAGGGGUCCAUGUAGCUGCUGCGCCCGCCCCCUUCUUAGUCAAUGGGGCAGCAGGUUCGGCAUCCACUAGAAAAGAGAGAAUCCACUGAAGAUAACCACGCCUCUGCUAGGCAGCGUGUGGAAUGGCCGAGAGCGGACCUUUUUGGAUAGAUAAUCCAAGUCGAGAGUGGAGUUACGGAAAGAGCCGUCUGAUGGAAAACGACUUUCACCUUCGGUUCAGAGAGCACUUUUUUCGUUGAUCAUUCCUCCUUCCCUUUCGUGUUCAUUCCCCAGCGGCGAAUUCGAAACUUGUGGGGCCCUAUCUAUUCCAUCUCUCAAGCCCCGAAGAAACCCCCCCCUCCCAUCUGGACCUUUGUUUUUGACUCUAUAUAUGUGGGCACCUGAUAUCUAUGAGGGUUCACCCACCCCGGUUACAGCAUUCCUUUCUAUUGCGCCUAAAAUCUCUAUUUUUGCUAAUAUUUCACGUCUUUCUAUUUAUGGUUCCUAUGGAGCUACAUUGCAAGAAAUCUUCUUUUUCUGCAGCAUUGCUUCUAUGAUCUUAGGAGCACUGGCCGCCAUGGCCCAAACGAAAGUCAAAAGACCUCUAGCUCAUAGUUCAAUUGGACAUGUAGGUUAUAUUCGUACAGGUUUCUCAUGUGGAACCAUAGAAGGAAUUCAAUCACUACUAAUUGGUAUCUUGAUUUAUGUAUUAAUGACGAUAGAUGCAUUCGCCAUAGUUUUAGCAUUACGGCAAACCCGUGUCAAAUAUAUAGCGGAUUUGGGCGCUCUAGCCAAAACGAAUCCUAUUUCGGCUAUUACCUUCUCCAUUACUAUGUUCUCAUACGCAGGAAUACCCCCGUUAGCCGGUUUUUGUAGCAAAUUCUAUUUGUUUUUCGCCGCUUUGGGUUGUGGGGCUUACUUCCUAGCCCCAGUGGGAGUAGUGACUAGCGUUAUAGGUCGUUGGGCGGCCGGAAGGUUGCCACGAGUCAGUCUGUUUGGGAGACCGAAGGCAGUUCUCCGUGCACCGGACACGUAGCUUACCUUUUCAGUUGCGAGACGGAUGGGAAUGCAUGCUCCGAAAGAUAGGGUCGAGUCUGAUACAUCAACCGUCUACUCAAUAUCCUUGUACGAGUCCACAAUCACUACACGAGAUGAACCUUGGUUUGGUGAAUUGAAGUUGGCCCCACGGAGCGGUGUAAUAGGACUCCCAGUUACUGCGCGCGAUCGUAUACUGAGGUGCUCCCCGCCGGUUGUUGGAACGACGCGAGCCGGGCCUCGAUUCAGAAAGAUUCAGGGCCAAAAAGUCUCAAUAGGGGGUUACUAAUUCCCCAUCUCAUUGGGGGCGGAAAACGAAUCGACAUCUCGAUGUGAGACAGCCUUUGAAAUUGGAGUUGGGAAAGAACGGCGAAGUCCAUCCGAACCGUCCAAUGAAGAAUAAGAGGAGAACAAAGGGCCAAUGGCGCGCGAAGCGCAUGGCGGGAACGGACACGGAUCCAAAUCAGUGUGGAGAAGAACUCAUCUGGAGCUUGAUUUUCUCCCCCUGGGCCCAAAGCAGUGCAGUCUUUCCUGGCCAAAUCAAGGAUUUUUGGGGCUUCACGCAACUUCAUCAAUCCAUUUUUUGAGUCAGAUAUAUGAAUAUCAAGAUGGAUGAAUCUAGAUCUUUCUCUUUUGAUAUCUAAAAAAGAUUGAAUUCAACCUUUGAUUCAAAGAACUGCGCUUAGCCCCCCCGCUCAUGAAAGGGCUCCGCUGCAAUGGAUGACAGAGGGUCCGUAGUACCCAAAGCACUGGAGUGAUCCUGUAGCCGGGAAGGGGCCUAGAAGUGCCUACUACUACACCACACUAGACUUGGCUCUACACAUUUAGAAAGCUAAACCCUGCCCAGUCCCUGGCAGAGCUAAGGGGGCUUCAAUCCUUAUUCCUUAUCCCCAUCUUCGCCCAUGCUAACGGGGCCUUACGGGGAGAGUGGAGCCUCAAGAAGCACUGUUGAGAGGUCUCGACUGAAAGGAGAGAGAAGCUUGCUUUUUUUUUUAGUACUCUUCAUUCUCUACAGGGUUCCAAACCUUUCUUCAACAUAGGUGAGAACGAGCGAGGCAGAGAUGGAAGAGAUCGAAGACGGGAAUAAGAAGCAAGCUCGCCUUUUUUUGUCUUUUUCGUUAGGGCAGUCGAAAAGUGCCUUUUUCGUCUCGCAUUUCUCAUCAAACAAAGACGGAAAAAUCAUCAUAUUUCAAAGGUUCCUAACCCACCAAGCCCUUCCUUCGUAGAGCCGUGUAUUGUCAGUGAUCCGAACCUGCCCGGAGCGAGCCUCCCAUAGAGGCAAGUUCAGUUGGUGAGCCGUAUGAUGGGCAACUAUCUCCUGCGGUUCGGAGAGGACUCAGCUCUGAGUUAGUACCCCCUUGGUUUCGGGGUGGACCCUUUCACUCUAUUUUAUUAUAUACGCUUAGCGAAAAGAAUGUUUUUUGAUACACCUAGGACAUGGAUUCUAUAUGAACCAAUGGAUCGUGACAAGUCGUUACUACUAGCAAUGACUUCCUCUUUCAUUACUUCAUCCUUUCCAUAUCCCUCUCCCUUGUUCUCAGUUACUCAUCAAAUGGCACUCAGUUCAUAUCUUUAAGUUCGAUCAUUGACAAGGUUCAAAGAAAGGGUGGG